AUGACAGCCUCACAACCAAACCCCAACUUUUGUAACCGCCCUGGAGGUUUUUCAAGUGGUCAUUCCACUAUCUCAAGCCAUGUAGGAAACAAGAACGUACCAGAUAUCCUCAACACCAAACCAUCACAAGCAUUAGCAGACAAAGUCCUCAAAUUGGAAUCAAACACGGCCAAUAUCGCCAGCGAAUUUCAACACGCUCUUGUAACCCUCAAAAAUAUGCAAGCGACUAUCAAAGAAAUGCAUUAUCAACAAGAAAGAACAACUCACAGUUUACUAGCACUUGAAGACGAUAUUGCUGACCUCAAGAAUCAAACUCAAAUACAAUCAUCAGCAACUCAAGAUAUGACCAUAGCUAUGGAAAACUUACAGCAACAGAAAACAAAGCUAGACGAAAGCGCGCAAGUAAUCCAAAAGGCGAACAAAACACUAAGAAACAACCCAUACAAUACUCUCAUUUGCAAGUCUCUUCUACACGCUAUGGGAAUACUACAUCCCACCUCCCUUUGUGAUAUGGUCCCUCUUGAAGAUGGUUUGUUUUGGUACCAGCUUGAAUCCCGCAAGGCCUAUGUUAAAGCGGCUGAGCGCUCUUCAAUCAGGCACACAACAUUGUUUCGGAGCCCUGAAAGGGAAUUCCUAUUCAAAGCUGCAUACCAGUCAACCAAUGAAUCAGAUCAAGAUAACGGCCUUCAUCCAGAUACUGAUGAAUCUGCAAAUGAUGGAAACGUCAAGGGCAACGUGAGAGAGAAACCCCUACCAAUGCGUGGAUAUUGCCGCGUCAAAAUCCCUCGUAGUAUGGUUGAUGAAGCGUGGUUGGAACUCCAUAGAGAAUGCGACAAACCAUCCAUGAUAUUAGAAGAAGCAGAUAUUUUAGAGCAAAUUAACUUAGCAAAUCAGUUAAAUAAUCUGGACGAGAUGUUUGAAGAAGAUACCUUGAGAGAUAUGGAAGACAGCAAUGAGAGUGAUGACGAGGAUUUCCAUGGUGAAGUAGAUCAAGGUGAUGACUUUGAUUAUGGCGACGGUGACAAUGAGCUAUAUGACCAUGAUAACAGAUCAUAUUAG